ACCACUCUCUAAAAGCAAUACUUCCAGCUUAAAACUUGCUCAAUUGAAUUAUAUCUUUGGAAAGAUGGCUUCAAAAAUCUCAGCCUCCCUUAUAAUUCUCCUCACAUUCAACAUCCUAUUUUUCACGCUAACUACUGCUUGUGGCGGUGGCUGCGAUUCUAUUCCCAAACCUAAACCCAAGCCUACCCCAACUCCAUCCUCCUCAGGAAGCUGCCCAAGAAAAACCCUCAAACUUGGCGUUUGUGCCAAUGUACUCAAGGAUCUUCUCAAAAUCAAAUUGGGCACACCACCAGUCAAGCCUUGUUGUUCACUCCUUAAGGGUUUGGUUGAUCUUGAGGCUGCUGCUUGUCUCUGUACUGCCUUAAAGGCAAAUGUCCUAGGAGUUAAGCUUAAUGUUCCUGUCUCUCUCAGUCUUCUUCUCAAUGCUUGUGGCAGGAAGACCCCCCGUGGAUUCAUAUGCGCUUGAUUUACCCAUCAAUGCUUAAAUUGGAGAAUAUAUCCUCUCUUUUUAAUAUUCAUCAAUCAUUAUAUCAUUCUUUGAAAUUACCUAUUUUCAGUUCUUAAUCGAGUAAAUAUUACUUCUAUUUCUAUUAUUGUAUCUGUUUUAAAAAUUGUGCUAAUGCAUAAUUUAAAUUAAUUAAUCGGUUUCUUGUUUC